UCAAGCUUACAUACAGAAUGGCUUCUUCCAUGACCUUCCAAAGAUCAGCUCCUUCCUCAUCUUCUUCUUCUUUCAUCCGUCGAUGGACUAACGAUGUAUUCUUGAGCUUUAGAGGCCAAGAUACCCGUGACAAUUUUACUGCUCAUCUAUGCAACGCUUUGCGUCAAAAGGGACUUCUUACUUAUAUGGAUGACAAACUUAGAGGAGGAGAAGAAAUUUCACCAGCACUUUUCAAAGCCAUUAAUGAUUCAAAGAUUGCAAUCGUUGUACUCUCUGAAAACUAUGCAUCAUCUGCAUGGUGCUUGAAUGAGCUAAAGGAGAUCCUUGAGUGUAAGGAAAAAUAUCAACAAAUCGUUCUUCCAGUGUUCUACAAAAUAGAUCCAUCGGAUGUACGACAUCAAAAAGAGAGUUUCGGUAAAGCAUUGGCCAAACAUGAAAGCAGAUCCAAGGAGAACACUGUGGAAAGCUGGAAGACAGCCCUACAAAAAGUCGCCAACUUGUCCGGCUACCACUUGGAUGAAGGGUAUUUCUGACCUUAUAUAUAUGCCAGCAAAAUAAUUUAUUGAAUGUAGUACUGUAGUAGUCAUUUGCACAUGGAUGACAUUCUAUCAUCGUUAGACUCCUGCUUUUAUGCAUGUGCAGCACAU